CGGGACAGACGCUUCACAAUCAAAGAAACCGCACUACUUUAGUAGUUAAUGGUAACUACAUUUCUAAAACAGGAGUUAUUUUUACUCUAAAUCUGAUGACCUGCGUUUGAGUAAAAUAAAUCUGCUGCCUUUAGAUGAUUCCCCUCCCACAUUCCUGAACAUAACGUUGUUAACAUUACAGAAAUGUAACGUAGUCCAUAAACUUUAGAAACCGUUCGUGCAGCUUAUGGUUGUUUAAAUAGCAAAAAGGCGUGUAUUUAUGAGUUCCAUUUGCUUGAUGAGUGAAAUGGAAGUGAGACCUUUGUUCUCUGGUCUUACUGCACCGGGGCACUUUCAUUUUACCCCCAAAACAUUACCCCGACGGCGGCAUCUCCGUGGCAUCUGCCAACAGCAAUUUAUAGUGGAGAAAGUAAAGUGAUGUCUGGGAGGCUGUUCACAGCAUGGGCAACACUAAAGUCCUUCUGGACGCCGAUGAGACAGCGUGGAAAAUUUGAGUUUAGCUUUAAGAUGAGAUUUACAUACCUAUAAACUUCUUAAAAGGUCAGUGGGAAGAUCAUGGCUUUGAGUUACCGGUCAGUGAAGUCGAACAUCAUGUCCAGAGGAUCUCAUCAGCCCUCUGCCCCAGAGGACAACAUUAAGGAGAUGCAGCAAAAGCUGAAGGUAGAGCGUGAGGCCAAGAGAGCACAGCUGGACAGCAGACGUGACUAUCAGCGUGUGUCCUCUUGUGUGGGCCUGGAGAAAGCUGAAGUGGAAGAUGCAAUCCUGGAGAGCACACAGAUUAACAGGAUAAAGGAGUUCUUUGCUGCCAAUGGCCUUCCUCACCUAAUUUUAUACUACCAGGACACAGAGCCUGUGGACACAGCCAUAUCCUCCUCAAUGAUUCACAGUAAGAAAGUCAAGGUCUUUGUGAUGGAAGGCACAGAUGUGGCCCUCAAUGGCAUUUGUGUAUUUUUCACCCGGGCAAACACCUCCAAGCCUAUCACAUCAGAGAAUAUCCGCAGGGUAAACCUCAAAGAAUGUGAAACAUUUGACUUGAAGACAUUGAAAGGACCUUCAGAUUACACUGCUGUGGCCAAUAGCACAGAAGCUCUGGAGAAGAUUGAAGCCUGCAUGAAAACUUGGAUCAAACAGGUUUCAAAUGUGUUACUUUGUGAAGCAGAAUCUGAGAUGGUGUCCUUGCAGAGAGUGACCAGCUUAGGAAAGAGGAGGUCCAAACUGAUUAAGUUUUGGCAAGAACUAGCCAUCAGAAACACUGAUGUAGCAAAUGAGGCCAAAGACAAUGUGAAGUACCUGUACACUCUUGAGAAGUUCUGUGACUUGCUGUACAACAGCAACCAUGUGGCCAUGGUAGAAGCUAUACCUGGGCUCAUUAACACAAUAUGUAUGAUCCAUAGCAUCUCUUGUUAUUACAACACCUCCGAGAAGUUCACUUCCCUUUUUGUCAAGGUUACAAAUCAAAUGAUCACCGCCUGUAAGGCCUAUAUCACAAAUAACGGCUCAGCAACCAUAUGGGAUCACCCACAGGAAGUGGUAUCUGAGAAGCUUAAAGCUGCCAUUCGCUUGAACCAGGAAUACCAAGUGUAUUUCCAAAAAAACAAGCAGAAACUGGAGGAGAAUCCCUCGCGCCAGUUCGACUUUAGAGAGAUGUACAUCUUUGGCAAGUUUGACACAUUUCAUUGAUGGCUGAACAAAAUUCUAAACAUGUUUAGCACCAUUACCACCUACAAUGCCCUGCAGGACUCCAAAAUUGAGGGACUGGAAACCAUGGCAACCAGAUUUCAGACCAUUGUGUUGACCAUGAAGAAAAAACAGUACAGUUCCCUGGACCAGAGAAGGACAGACUUUGAUCAGGAAAAUGAUGAAUUUUGUAAACAAACCAGUAAACUUCAAAACCAACUGAAAACUUUCAUGGACAACACCUUUGACAGAUUUCAAAAUACUGAGUGGGCUUUAUAUGUGCUCAAGAAAUUGGAAAUUAAUAAUUUGAUGGUGAGAGAGAUCCAGCCAGCUUUUUAACAACUGCUCAUGCCACAUGUGGCUAAAGUACAUGAGGCUAUCCUGCCCGGUCUAAACUCCCUCAGUUGGACCUCUCUUAACACAGAGAAAUACCUUAAUCGAAUCACUACUGCACUUGAGGACCUUGAACUUCUGCUGCAAAGAAUGAAUGACCUGGUGGAGUUUAGAAUUGAUGCUGUUCUCCAGGAAAUGAGCACAACUACACUGUGUGUGUUGCCUGAAGAUGAGCCAUGAUCUGAGGAGUUUGUACAGACCACCAAGGAGCUUUGCAUCAAAGGAGCCCAAAUGCUGCUUACUAACUCAUUGGUGGAGGAGGCAGCCAAUGAACUUUGUAAUAUGUUACUGGAAUUUGAGCAGAAGGAGGAAGAGCAGAGAAACCGGGAUGAGAGCAGGACAGAGAGCAAAGUGGAACAGAUGGACAGUGAUGAGGAGAAAUGUAAAUCUGAGGGCCGUAUCUUGUCACGUACCACCAUGGUGCCUAGUUUCGGACCCUCUUCUCCAAUGAUGAGAAAGAAGAAGAAGAAGGAACUGAUGAAGGUGACUGAAGAGGAGGCAAAGGAGCUCCUGUCUCAUUUUAACCAUCGGAAUGUGGAUGCAUUACUGCGCCUCACCCGUAACACACUGGAGACUCUGCGCAAAUGCAUCAAUGCAACAUCACUGAUGCAUUUCCUGGGUUUAAGAGACUCCUCAAGCAGGCAGAAGGUAAGUGGGCAGCAGCCAAUCUAUAGGGUGGGAGUGUGUUUAGCCAUUCCCAACAUCAUCACGGUUCCAGGGCUAGAUGAGGUUCAGCAAGCCUUGAACAGAGCUGUGGACUGUGUGGUCAGCGGCAGUAAAGGAGUUGGACAGUGGAGCAAGGAAAGAAUAUCCAAUAGGAAAAUGAGUGAGCGACGCAUGGCUGCCCUGAAACAGAACAGCCAAGAAAGUGAAUCAGAAGACGGUGAAUCGACCUAUCGCAGCUUAGCUGAACUAGCAUCUGUAACUCAGGCCAUUCCUGUCCAAAUUAAGAACUAUCAAAAAGAGAUUGUCAAGCUGGUCUCUGUGCUUGGUACGUCCAUCAACUCCACCAAGAAGGAAAUAAUGAACGCUCUGGAUCGCUUCAGUCUUUAUCACCACAUCUGGAAGAAAAAUCAAGAGGAAACCAUCCAGAAAUUCAUCCAAGGGAAGCCUCUUCUUUUUGAAUUUGAGUCUCAGAUUCUGUACUACAGGGAUCUGGAGCUAGAAAUUAAUACAGAGCCUGAGAUUAUCUCAGUAGGAGUUCUGGCAUUGUAUACAGCGGAUCUGAAAUGGUCUCUUACUGCUGAGACAAAGAGUUGGAUGGUGGAUUUUGGUCACCACUGCAACAGGAAGUAUCGCAUGGAGAUAGAACAGAUAUUUAUUUUUAUAGAUGAGGCGAGCAAGAAACUCAACAGGUAGAUUAAGGACUUAGAUUAUAUUAAUAUCACCAUGGCAAUGCUUAAAGAGAUCAGAGAACAGCAGAUCUCCAUAGACUUUCAAGUUGGUCCAAUUGAGAAAUCGUACAGCAUGCUUCAUUAAUGUGGAUUGUUGAUUGCCAAAGAGGAAGCAGACAAAGUGGACACACUUCGGUACACUUUGAAGAAACUGCUUUCCCGUAGCACAGAGGUGCAGAAUGAACUGGUGACCCUUCCACCAAACUUCAGGGGAGAACUCAUCAAAAAUGUUGAGAUCUUUGUAGAGGAGUGCCAACACUUCUACCAAGACUAUGACAGGGAUGGUCCCAUGGUGGUUGGAUUGGCCCCCCAGGAAGCCAGUGACAGGCUUAUUAUGUUUCAGAAUUGCUUUGACAACCUAUUCCGCAAGUACAUCACAUACACAGGUGGGGAGGAGCUCUUUGGCCUACCCGUUACCCAGCAUCCUCAGUUGCUUGAGAUCAGGAAACAGUUGACACUUCUCUAAAAGCUCUAUGGACUUUACAACAGUGUCAUCGAUACAGUCAGCGGCUACUAUGACAUUUCAUGGGCCGACAUCAAUAUUGACAGAAUCAACAAUAAACUACUUGAGUUUCAGUCGAGGUGCUGUAAGCUGCCACGGGCCCUUAAAGAGUGGCAGGGAUUUCUGGACCUCAGAAAAACUAUUGACGACUUCAGUGAGUGCUGCCCCCUGUUGGAUCUAAUGACUAACAAAGCCAUGAUGACAUGGCACUGGAAGAGGAUUACUAAAGUUACAGGUCACACAAUAGAGGUCGAAACUGAUAACUUCAAGCUCCGUAAAAUCAUGGAAGCCCCACUGCUAAAGUACAAAGAAGAAAUUGAGGAGGCAAAGCAGUUCUCCAACAUUGGUAAAUCCUGGGUGAAAAUAAUGACUCUAGCUCAUGAGAUGCCUAAUGUAGUCCAGUCGUGUGUUGGAGGUGAGACUAUGGGUCAGCUGCUACCUCACUCGCUGGGACAGCUAGAGAUGUGUCAAAAAUCCCUCACAGGGUAUCUGGAGAAGAAGCAAUUGCUCUUUCCACGUUUCUUCUUUGUGUCAGAUCCUGCCCUGCUGGAGAUUCGGGGCCAAGCAUCUGACUCACACGCCAUCCAGGCUCACCUACUCAACAUCUUUGACAACAUCAAAUGUGUCUGCUUCCAUGAAAAGAUGUAUGAUAAGAUUCUGGCGAUAUCAUCACGAGAAGGUGAGACAGUUGAGAUGGACAGGCCUGUCAUGGCAGAGGGCAAUGUGGAGGUGUGGCUUAAUGUGCUACUGAAAGAAGCCCAGAGGUAUUUGCACCUUGUCAUCCAUCAGGCUGCACUUGCCAUUCAAGAUGGCUUUGAGUUGAUAGAAUUUUUGGACUCCUUUCCUGCACAGGUUGGUUUACUGGGAAUCCAGAUGAUCUGGACGAAGGAUUCUGACGAUGCUUUGAUCAAUGCCAGAUAUGACCGUAAGGUCAUGGCUAAAACCAACCAUUUUUUUCCUGAGCUCCACAAUAAUAUGAUUGACAUGACUACAAAGGACCUUGGAGCUCUUGAACGAACACAGUAUGAAACACUAAUCACCAUUCAUGUACACCAGAGGGACAUCUUUGAUGAUUUGUGUAAUUUUUGCAUCAAAAGUCCCACAGACUUCGAAUGGCUGAAGCAAUGUCGCUUUUACUUUAAUGAAGACUCGGAUAAGAUGAUGAUCAACAUCACUGAUGUGGGUUUUGUGUACUAGAAUGAGUUUCUAGGCUGUACCAACAGGCUGGUCAUCACUCCUCCCACUGACAGGUGGGAACACAUAUGGAUUGUCCUUGAUGGGCCAGUUGAUGCUGUAUGGAUUGAAAACCUAAACUCAGUCCUGGAUGAUAACCGCACACUGACAUUGGCCAAUGGUGACUGCAUUCCCAUGGCCCCCAAUUUUAUGACUGGCCUUCAUGAUGACAGCAUACGCACAGAUCUAAAACCCUACUUGGAAAACCCAUGCGUAGAAGAUGAAGUGCUUCUGGAGAAAAUGAACAUGUCAUAUAGUCUGGAGCUUGAACGAAAAUCAAAGUUCUCAACAACUCGACCAAAAAUAGCCAAGGUGGCCACAGUGAUAGAGGAGGAACAGGCACAUGCUGAACAAGAUAAAGGUGUCAUUAUAAAAAAGGAGAAAGCUCCAAAGCCUAACAACCUGAUGGAAAAGCUUGAUGCACGAGACAAAGUGAUUUGUGAAGCAAUCCAGAGCCUUACGUCUCAAGUAGCGAGCCUUGCUCAAACAUCACGGCCUCAGACAAUCAGAAACAGUGACCAGAGAGUCACUCGAAAUCGAUUUCCACCUGUUCGAGCAAGCACCAGGCGCUGUACCCAAUGUGAGCAGUCCAACCCAGAGGGAAGAUGUGAACACUGCUACAAGUGUGGCAGCAGUGAGCACUGGGCAGCAGGUUGUCGGAAACGAAAUGUUACCAAUGUGACGUCAAGCAAGAUUGAGAUUACAUCAGACAUCAUUGAAAGCUUACCAAGAGCUGGCUUAUCUGAAGCACCAUGGUCGAACAAACAGGAGAAAACAGCCAGUUUGGUGGGACGCAAAUGCUUGGUGAAAUGUUCUCUUGGAGGUGUUAAUACAUCAGUGCUUUGGGACACGGGGUCACAGGUUUCAAUCGUAGGUUUGGAGUGGAAGAAGAGAAAUCUCCCUGACACAGAGGUGAGACCAGUGAGAGAGCUACUUGAGGAGGGAGAACUCAACCUGACAGCGGCGAAUGGGACGAGCAUACCAUAUGAAGGCUGGAUGGAAGUGGAGUUUUGUCUGUCUGGAAACACUGAGACUGAAGGAGGGGGCACACACCUGCUGGCACCAAUUCUCAUUACAUCCAGUGAAUUGGAGAAACCCAUAAUCGGCUUUAAUGUGAUUGAGGAAUUGGUCCAAGCUAACGCAGCCCAACAGAUUCCUUUGAGUUUUCUGGUGAACACACUGAGUUCAUCUCUGGAAGUUAGCCCUAGGAAAGCAAAAGCCGUUCUGUCACUGCUGAAGAAACGCAAAAACAGCAGCAGCUGUCAUAUUGCAAGACUGGGACGAAAAUCCAUCAUUCUUCCAAGAAGGACCCUGGCCGGCAGGUAUAAAGGUAAACAACAGCUUAUUCAGAUGCCUCAAAAUGAUAAUGACAACAUUACAGUGAUGGUGGAAAAUACCACGGAAGAAGAGGUGACACUUACAGCACGGACUGUCCUGGGGUGGCUGCAUACAGUGGAUGCCAUCCAUCAGCUGGAAGUGAAACCACCGCCUUCGGCUGAAUCCCAAUUUCAGGUAUCACAAUGUGACAAUGACUCAACUCCAGAGACUCCGAUCAGGGUUCAGGAGAGUGAAGGAUGGGACCCUCCAGUGGACCUCAGUCACCUACCUGGGGAACAUCAGGAGCGUGUGAGACAGCUGUUGAGAGAGAAUAGUGGAGUGUUUGCUAAGGAUGACUGGGAUACUGGAUGUAUUCAGGAUCUUACAAUGGACAUUCGUUUGAAAGACAACAUCCCUGUUCAAAAGACGUACAAUGCAAUACCACGACCCCUGUAUCAAGAGGUGAAGACCCACAUACAGAACUUGCUGAGUCAGGGGUGGAUCCAAAAGUCGACAUCCUCCUAUUCCUCGCCGGUUGUGUGUGUGAGAAAGAAGGAUGGGAGCUUGCGUCUAUGUGUGGACUACCGGCUGCUCAACGAGAAGACAUUCCCUGACAGGCAUCCUAUCCCACGAAUCCAAGAGAUCCUAGAAAAUCUAGGGGGGAACUCCUGGUUCACUGUGCUGGACCAGGGUAAAGCCUAUCAUCAGGGCUUCAUGGGUAAAGACAGUAGGGCAUACACGGCAUUCAUAACACCCUGGGGGCUUUACGAGUGUGUACGGAUACCUUUUGGCCUCACAAAUGCACCUGCCGCUUUUCAGAGGUACAUGGAAGAGUGUCUAGGAGAGUUAAGGGAUGAUAUCUGUGUUCCCUAUCUUGACGACGUGUUAGUCUUCAGCAAGGACUUCGAACAGCACCUCGAGGACUUGAAGAAAGUGCUACAGCGACAGGAACAGUGUGGUAUCAAGCUAAGGCCAAGGAAAUGUGACUUCUUUAAGCGGGAAGUCUGCUAUGUGGGCCGCAUCAUCUCUGAACAGGGGUACAGCAUGAACCCCAAAGAAAAAGAGGCUGUGCAAGCACUAAAGUGGAGAACACCUAGCACUGUUCGUGAGGUGAGGAAGCUCAUGGGUUUCCUUGGUUACUACAGAUCAUACAUUGCUGACUUUGCCAGAAUAGCCAAGCCUUUAUAUGAACUGUUGACAAAGCCCAGCAUGUGCAAGACGAAAGGCUCAGGAAAAAGAGGGAACUCAUCCUCGCAAGCACCUCCAUCACGGCCAGUAGAGUGGACAGGGAGACAUCAGGAAGCACUGGAGAAGCUAAUCGCGGAGUUGACAAACCCACCCAUAAUGGCAUACCCAGACUUUGAAAAGCCAUUUGUCCUUCAUGUUGAUGCGUCAGAAGAAGGGCUGGGAGCCGUACUGUACCAACGACAGGGAGGCAAACUCCGAGUAGUUGGUUAUGGGUCUCGGACCCUGACCCCUGCCGAAAGGAACUACAAGCUGCAUUCUGGGAAGUUGGAGUUCCUCGGACUCAAAUGGGCGAUCACAGAGCGUUUCCGGGAUUUCCUGUUUCAUGCGCCACAUUUCACUGUCUACAGUGAUAAUAACCCGUUGACAUAUGUCAUGAAAACGGCAAAGCUCAAUGCAGCGGGGCAACGGUGGGUUUCUGAGCUGGCAGACUACCGUUUCACUUUGAAAUAUAGACCAGGAACGGCAAAUCGAGAUGCAGAUUUCUUAUCACGGAGAUCAGUGCCAAUUGAAGUCACAGUCAGAGAGUGUACUCAGGAAUGUGAACCAGAAGUGCUGGGAUCAAUUGGGGAAGUCCUAAAGGCACAACGACGUGGGGAAGUGGACUGGAUAUCUGCAAUCACUUGCAACAUAGAUGUCUUACCAGAGGAGCUGAAGGGUGGACCAGAUAUCUGUCAACGGCUAACACCGCAGGAUAUCAGGAGUGCCCAGCUGAGUGAUCCAGUCAUCAGCCGAGUACUUGAUCUGAAACAGAAACAAAUCAAUCUCAAACACAAAGAAAAAUUGAGGGAACCGGAAGCUUUUGCUCAGGCCUACGCCACCAGAAACAAGUCUGGAAAGACCGCAGCCCGGAAAAUCUUUGAAGAUUUCAUCAUGCGCUUUGGUUAUCCUGGAAGGAUCCACCAUGACCAGGGGAGGGAGUUUGAGAACAGCCUGUUCCAAAAGCUACAGAGUUACUGUGGGAUUAGGCAUUCACGUACAACUCCCUACCACCCCCAAGCUAACCCGGCAGAGAGGUUUAAUAGGACGUUGUUGGGGAUGUUGAGGACCCUAGAGGAAACAGAGAAGUCGAAUUGGCCAGUUCUUCCAAUUGAUCUGGUGCUCCCCACAAAGCAAGUAAAGAACACUCAGUCUCACACCGACUACGCUGAAAAGUGGAAAAGGUCUAUGCAAGAAGCAUACGAGAUUGCAAAAAAGAACAUGAAGAAGGCUGCUGCAAGGGGGCAAAGAAAUUACAAUCGGAAGGCAUGGAGUUCUGUCCUGGAGCCAGGGGAUCAUGUGUUGGUGAGGAACCUGUCAGAAAGAGGUGGCCCAGGAAAACUGCGAGCGUUCUGGGAAAAGCAAAUGUAUGUGGUGAAAGAAAGGAGAGGAGAUGGCCCGGUGUAUGUAGUCGGACCAUUGGAGGUGACUGGAAGGGAAAGAGUGCUGCACCGGAACCUUCUAUUGCCUUGUCCUUACCUGGUUGAGGAGCAGAGGACACCUGAUCUUCGUCUGGAAAGGAAAGGAUUUCAGAGGAACAGUUCAAAACAGGGAGCACAACCACGACAAAAUACUCACCAUGAAAGCACCGACAGUUCCAGCGAUGAGGAGGUUGACUUGUGGGUUCCAAUGCAGAGAGCAGGAACAUAUCUGGAUCCAUGUGCAGCAGAAUUUCACCCUGGAAGAGAGGAGAGAAACAGGAAACCUGAAAAGGAAACUGACAUUGAAGAAAUCGUUGACGAAUCUGUAAACAUACCUGACUCGGAUAAGUCAGAUGAAGAAGUGCUGGGAGAUCUUCAAGGGGAGCAGGAGCUGGAGGAAAGAUUCGUUGGAGAAGCCGAGCAUGAAGAUAGUGAUUUGGCAUCGGAACCUAUCAGGAGAACGUCUGCCAGAACCAGGCAACCUAGGAAUCUGUACACGUAUGAUACCCUGGCAAAGGCACUACUUCCACCACAAUACAAUGGAAAUUUAGCUAUUGUCUCUUUUGCAGGCCACUGGGUUCACUGGAAUACCAGAGUGGAAGAGUAUAUUUACCCACCUAACUCCACACUGGAGUAUGGAUCCAUGCUGGUGCCCAAUGUAGACAAUGUUCGCACUGACUUUCUCAUCCAGACCAUUGUAAAGCAGGGCAAGCUGAGAGCCAUUUAUGCUGUGCUUUUGACAGGAGGGCAGGGCACUGCCAAAACCGUCAUCAUCAAAGGCUACAUGUCCAAAUAUGACCCAGAGUCCCACACUGCCAAGAGUCUCAACUUCUCUUCUGUCACCACACCUAGGAAUUUUAAGCGUUCUGUGGAGAGUUAUGUAGAUAAACGAAUGGGAACCACUUACGGCCCUCCGGCAGGGAAGAAAAGUGUGGUAAAGUUUAAAUCCCAAGAAGCACAGGAGGUGAAUAAUCAAUUUACUUUCUUCACAGGUCACCACUGAGAUCAGCUGAUGGAGCAAAAUGGCUUCUUUAAGCUGGAGAAACCAGGAGAGUUCACCAACAUUGUGGAUAUCCAGUUCUUGGUGGCUAUGAUCCAUCCUGGAGGGGGAUGAAAUUACAUCCACCAGAGACUGAAGAGACAGUUUUCUAUUUUCAACUGUACUCUUCCUUCCAAUGUCUCCAUAGACAAGAUCUUUGGUGUGAUAGGCUCUGAUCAUUACUGUUCCCAUCUGGGAUUUACAGAAGUACUCAACACAGUGGUCAGGCUUGUUGUUGGUGACCUCUCUUGCAUUUGGCAGGGAAUGCUCAGCGUGAGUGCAGAGGUCAUCAGCUCAUCAGAUGUAUUACUGCGGCUGUGGAAGCAUGGAUGUAAACGAGUGAUUGCUGACCGGUUUACUGCCCCAGAGGAUGUGUCCUGGUUUGACUACACGCUGGUCAAGCUAGUGGAAGAAGGGCUUGGAGAAGAAGAAUGAAUGGUGGGGGAUCUUGAGGUGUAUUCCUACUUUUCUUUUCUUUUAGGUAUUGUGAUAUAUACAGGUGAAGAGCCAAAGGAAACUGAUUUCGACAUGCCAAAAGUAUAUGAGCCCAUGAAAUCCUUUGAUAGUCUAAUGGAGAGGCUGAACAUGUUUUUGAGUCAUUAUAACGAGAGCAUCAGAGGAGCAGGCAUGGAUAUGGUCUUCUUCAAGAAUGCCAUGAUUCAUCUGGCAUAAAUUCCUCGGCUCAUCAGAGCACCUUGGGGAAAUGCCCUACUGUUCAGUGUAGGGGGAUCUGGAAAACAGAGUCUGACAAGACUAGCAUCUUUCAUCGCUGGCUAAAAGACUUUCCAGAUUACACUCACCCGUUCCUACAACACCCUCAACCUGAUGGAGGACUUGAAGGGAUUGUACAGGACUGCUGCACAACAGGGCAAAGGCAUCAGCUUUAUUUUCACUGACAACGAGAUCAAGGAUGAAUCCUUCCUGGAGUACAUGAACGUCCUUUCAUCAGGAGAGGUGUCCAAUCUGUUUGCUCGAGAUGAGAUCGGCGAGAUUAUCAGUGACCUCAUUCUAGUCAUGAAGCGAGAGUUUCCACGGCGACCGCCCAUAAAUGAAAACCUACAUGAGUAUUUUAUGAGCAGAGUGAGGCAGAACCUUCACGUGGUUCUGUGCUUCUCUCCAGUUGGCGAGAGUUUCCGUAAUCGAGCUUUGAAGUUUCCUGCUCUCAUUUCAGGGUGCACCAUGGACUGGUUUAGCCGCUGGCCCAAAGAUGCUCUGAUCGCAGUGUCAAAGCACGUCCUCUCCACAUAUGACAUAGACUGCACUCCUGAGGUCAAGGGGGAAGUGAUUCAGUGCAUGGGCUCUUUUCAGGAUGGGGUGGCAGAAAAAUGUGUGUCUAUACAAGACAUCUGCACCUCUGCGGGUUGGUCCACGCCCCUCACCUUCAUCAGCGUUUCGACACAGCGCGAGUUCCUGAAGGGGAACGUCUCCAGAUUACGCAUGGUUCCCCGAGGGAACAAGACGCUGCUUCUCAGUGCCAUACUUCCAGCAUCCCUUGUGUUGAAGGAAGUGACUGUGAAGGCUUAGGCUGUUCAGAAGGUCAAAAAUAAAGCACUGGCCAUAGUAGACAGCUUCUCUGCAGACAAGGCCAUCGCUGAAGAGAAGUUAGAGGCAGCAAGGCCUGCUCUGGAAGAGGCUGAGGCAGCACUGCAGACCAUAAAGCCAUCAGAUAUUGUCACGAUGUGAACACUGGGCAGACUGCCCCACCUCAUCAUGCGUAUUAUGGACUGUGUGUUAUUGCUCUUCCAGAGGAGAGUGAACGCAAUGAAAAUUGAUUCUGAGAAAAACUGCGCCAUGCCCUCCUGGCAAGAGUCACUCAAACUCAUGACUGCUGGCAACUUCCUGGGCAGUCUACAGUUACAAACUUUACUGGAGGAUGCAGAAAGGUGUCGACAUAAGAUGCAAACCUCCUCUAGUCUGAUCAGUGGUUUGGCAGGAGAGUGUUGGACACAGCUUAGUAAAGAGUUCGCUGCUCAGACCAAACAACUAGUUGGUGAUGUGGUGCUGGCUACAGCCUUCCUGUCCUACUCUGGACCUUUUAAUCAAGAGUUUAAUACUGAUUGGCAGAGAGAAAUGAAGUCCCAACGGAUUUAUUUUAGGACCAAUCUGAAUCUCACUGAAAUGUUGAUUGAUGCUCCAACAGUAAGUGAAUGGAACCUACAGGGGCUUCCCAAUGAUGACCUGUCCAUCCAGAAUGGGAUUUUUGUUACAAAGGCUGCCAGGUUUCCCCUGCUGAUUGACGCCCAGACCCAGGGAACGAUCUGGAUCAAGAACAAAGAGUCCAAAAAUGAGCUUCAGAUCACCUCACUGAAUCACAAAUACUUCAGAAACCAUCUAAGGGGUAGUUUGUCUCUUGGGCAUCCCCUACUCAUUGAAGAUGCUGGGGAAGAACUGGAUCCUGCCCUGGACAAUGUCCUGGAGAAGAACUUCAUCAAGACUGGGUUCACAUAUAAGGUAUUUUUAGAAGACAAAGAGCUAGAUUUCCUGUCAGGAUUUACACCAUAUCAUAGUACUGAGACUCCAAACCCAUUUCAAACAAGUGCUAUAUAAAUAAAGGUGACUUGACUUGACUUCACCAUUACUAUGAGGGGCCUGGAAGAUCAGCUACUGGGAAGAGUUAUUAUCACUGAGAAACAGGAACUGGAGAAGGAGCGGACUGACCUGCUGGAGGAUGUGAUGGCUAAUAAACGUAAAAUGAAGGAACUGGAGGAUAAUUUACUUUUUAGGCUGACUAGCACGCAGGGCUCCCUGCUGGAUGACGAGAGCCUCAUCACAGUGCUGGGAAACAUGAAACGCACUGCAGAGGAGGUCACACAGAAACUGAUUGCUGCUGAGACUGAGAUCCAAAUCAAUGCGGCCCGUGAGGAAUAUAGACCCGUUGCCACAAGAGGAAGCAUUUUAUACUUUCUGAUCACGGAGAUGAGCAUAGUGAACGUGAUGUAUCAGACCUCUCUGUGCCAGUUCCUGGGCUUGUUUGACUUGUCCUUUGCCAAGUCCUCAAAGAGUCCAAUUACAAGCAAGCGAAUCGCUAACAUUAUCGAGUACAUGACCUUUGAGGUGCACAAGUACGCAGCUCGGGGUUUGUAGGAAGAAAACAAAUUCCUGUUCACCCUGCUGCUCACUCUCAAGAUCGGCAUGCAGAGCAACAGGGUCAAACACGAGGAGUUUCUUACCCUCAUUAAAGGAGGUGCUUCGUUGGACCUGAAGGUCUGUCCACCCAAAGCUGCAAAGUGGAUCCUGGACAUAACAUGGCUUAACCUGGUUGAGCUGAGCAAGCUGUGGCAGUUCUCUGACAUUCUACAUCAGAUUUUGCGUCAUGAGAAACAGUGGAAGAGCUGGUUUGAUCGAGAAGCACCAGAAGAGGAACAAAACCCAAAUGCAUAUGACCAGGCUUUGGACUGUUUCAGACGACUGCUUCUUAUUUGAUCCAGGUGUCCAGCUAGAACCAUUGCUUAGGCAUGAAAGUACAUCAUGCACUCAAUGGGGGAGAGAUACGCUGAGGAAGUGAUUCUGGACCUGGAGAAGUCCUGGGAGGCAUUGGACCCUCGCACUCCUGUCAUCUGCUUUCUGUCCAUGGGUUCAGACCCAACAGACUCAAUCAUAGCCCUGGGUAAAUGACAGAGAAUUGAAACUUGUUACAUCUCAAUGGGACAAGGGCAGGAAGUUCAUGCACGUAAACUUCUGCAGCACUCCAUAACUAAUGGAGGUUGGGCUUUACUUCAAAAUUGUCAUUUGGGUCUGCAUUUUAUGGAUAAACUCAUGGAUACAAUCACAGAGAUGGACAGCAUUCAUGACACCUUUAGACUGUGGAUGACCACUGAGGUCCACAGACACUUUCCUACCACUCUUCUGCAGAUAUCAAUCAAAUUUACCAAUGAGCCUCCUCAGGGACUGAAAGCUGGACUUAAGAGGACUUAUGGAGGUAUCAGUCAGGAUCUUCUUGAUGUGAGUAACAUGGUCCAAUGGAGGCCCAUGUUGUACGGUGUGGCAUUCCUCCAUUCUACUGUCCAAGAGAGGUGGAAAUAUGGACCUUUAGGUUGGAACAUUCCAUAUGAGUUCAACCAGGCUGACUUCAAUGCAACAAUACAUUUUGUCCAGAAUCACCUGGAUGAUAUGGACACCAAGAAGGGUGUGUCCUGGAACACCAUACGAUACAUGAUUGACGAGAUCCAGUAUGGUGGUAGGGUGACUGGUGACUAUGAGAAGUGCCUCUUGAACACCUUUGCAAAGGUGUGGUUCAAUGAUUACAUGUUCAGCACUGAUUUCAAAUUCUACAAAGGCUACAGUAUUCCCAAAUGAAAUUGCGUGGAUCAGUACCUCCAAUAUGUUAAGGGUCCCCCCAGAUAUGACAACCCUGAGGUGUUCGGCCUCCACCCAAAUGCAGACAAUACCUACCAAAGCAAACUCACCUAGGACAUACUAGACACUAUCCUGAGCGUCCAACCAAAGGACAGCUCCAGCGGAGGCGGAGAGACCAGGGAGGCGUUUGUGGGUCAGCUAGCAGAUGACAUGCUGGAGAAACUGCCUCCAGAUUUUGUACCAUCUGAAGUCAGAGAGAGAUUAAUAAGCAUGGGUCCCCUUCAGCCCAUGAACAUUUUCCUGAGGCAGGAGAUUGAUCGCAUGCAGAGAGUGAUUGUUCUGGUCAGAAACACGCUGAGUGACCUGAAGUUGGCCAUUGAUGGAACCAUCCUUAUGAGUAAGAACCUGUGAGAUGCGCUGGACUGCAUGUACGACGCCCUAGUACCUGCAUGUAGGAAAAAGGCCUCCUGGGCUUCCACCACGUUGGGGUUUUGGUUCACAGAGUUGCUGGAGUGGAACCAGCAGUUCCACUGUUGGAUUUUUGAGGGGCGACCCAACUGCUUUUGGAUGACAGGCUUCUUCUACCCACAGGGGUUCCUGACAGCUAUGAGACAGAAGAUCACUCAUGCUAACAAGGGGUGGGCAUUAGACUGUAUAGUUCUACAAUGUAAUGAAGUUACAAAAUGGAUGGAGGAUGACAUCACACAGCCUCCUGCAGAAGGGGUGUAUGUUUACACUUUCUACCUGGAAGGGGCCGGCUGGGACCGCAGGAACUGCAAGCUCAUCGAUUCAUAACCCAAAGUACUGUUCGAGAUGAUGCCUGUGGUCAGGAUGUAUGCAUGUGGUGUCAAAGAUCCUCGCUUGUACUCAUGUCCAAUAUAUAAAAAGCCUGUUCGAACAGACCAGAACUACAUUGUAGCCGUUGACAUGAGAACCAGUCACCCUCCAGAAUACUGGAUCCUGAGAGGAGUGGUCCCUCUGUGUGAUGUCAAAUAA